AUGCUCAGAGGUUGUGACUACACUGUGAAGAGGAUCUCCUAUUUGAUUUUAAGUUAAGAGUUCCUGCAGCUCUCUGCGCAGGAACUAGCUAAAAUCAUUGAGAAAGACCAACUAAAUGUAAAGAAGGAGAAGAGGGUGUUUGAGGCCAUCCUUCGCUGGAUCUCCUAUGUACCUGAGGAACGCAGUGAAUACAUCUCUCUGCUUUUGCCCAAUGUCAGGCUGGCUUUGAUGAGUCCAGAAUACAUCAUAGACAAAGUAGCUGACAACGAACUGGUGAAGGCCAGUGAAGAGUGUCGACCGAUUCUCCUCAAGACCAUGGAGGCCAUGCUUGACAUCCGAACAAGGAGGUUCUCUGACUCUUCUCUCUGUAACCCUUUGGCCCGUCCACGACUGCCUCCUGACUUCUUGUUUGCUGUUGGAGGCUGGAGUGGCGGGAGUCCCACCAAUGACAUUGAGGUGUACGAUGUCCGUGCUGACCGCUGGGUCAAUAUAAGUAACAGUGAGGGUGUUCCUCGGGCCUACCAUGGCACUGCUUUCCUCAAUGGAUCACUUUACUGUGUUGGUGGCUUUGACAGUGUUGAACAGUACAGCACUGUGGACAGGUUUGACCUGGGCUUGCACACCUGGCAUGAGGUGGCACCAAUGCAUUCAUGCCGCUGCUAUGUUAGCGUAACUGCGAUGGACGGGUGCAUAUACGCCAUAGGAGGUUAUAAUGGACGAGAUCGACUUGAAACUGCCGAGCGCUAUGAGCCCAGUACCAACCAGUGGACAUUAAUUGCGCCCAUGAACGAACAGAGAAGUGACGCCAGUUGCACAUCCUUCGGUGGAAAGGUGUACAUUUGUGGUGGCUUCAAUGGGAACGAGUGCCUGUCAACAGCUGAAUGUUACAGCCCGGAGUCCGACCAGUGGACCCUGAUUGCCUCCAUGGGCAACCGGCGCAGUGGAGUUGGGGUCACCGUCUACGCAGACCACAUCUUUGCAGUUGGUGGUUUUACUGGAACCACCCGUCUGCGCACUGCUGAGGCCUACAACCCCCACACCAACACCUGGCACGCUGUCCCCUCCAUGCUGAACUCCCGCAGUAACUUUGGAAUUGCAGUGAUCGAUGGCCGCCUAUUUGUGGUCGGGGGAUUCAACGGCUUCACCACCACCCUUGACGUCGAGUGCUAUGAUGUUGAAACUGGUGAGUGGUCUGAUGUCCGUGACAUGGAGAUUUCACGCAGCGCCCUGAGCUGCUGUGUGGUGUUCGGACUCCCCAACAUGGCUGAUUACACUGCCCCUAAUCACAUCCUGCAGUUCUCCAGUGAGGAGGAAGAGGAUGACGUGGAGUGAUGAAGCUCCAUCUGUUUAUGAACUGUAUUGUUCUUUAAAUAAAUGUCUUAUGCAUGAAAAAGAUUUUCAGUUUGUGUCACAGCUCAACAGCUUUAUUAUGAGAACACUAAGAAGUCCUUGUGACCUUUGACCUCCCUGUUGAGGGGUGAAAGAAAAAAAAGCAGCUGAAUCUGAAUGUCACAAAAAACAGUCUUGUUUGGUGUAUAUGUGUGUUACAAGACAAACACUGGAGGGCUCCGGCCAGUGUGCAGGCCACUUAUCCACAA